GAAAGGCGCCCUAUUGGCCACCAACGGCCUGGCUGUGGUGGGCGGGGCCCUGAUGGGCGGGGCCAAGCUGGGCCCCACCUACAUCCUCAUCAUCAUCGGCCGCUUCAUCGUCGGCGCCUACUCGGGUACGGCCCCGCCUGGGGGCGGCUGGGUCUCGGUGCUGGUGCCGCUCUACGUGGGGGAGGUGGCGCCGCUGCGGCUGCGGGGGGCGCUGGGCACGCUGCACCAGCUCGGCAUCGUGCUGGGCAUCCUGCUGGCACAGGUGCUGGGGCUGCGGGCGCUGCUGGGGACGCCGAGGGCGUGGCCGGCGCUGCUGGGGGCGGGGCUGCUGCCGGCGGCGCUGCAGCUGCUGCUGCUGCCGCUGUGCCCCGAGAGCCCCCGGUUCCUGCUGGCCCGGGCCAGCGCGGCCGCGCGCGCCGCGGUGAGCCUCUCGCGAUUGGCCGGCCCGGCGGCGGAGGCGGGGCUGGCGGCGCUGGAGGCGGAGCUCGGCCGAGGCCCCGCCCCCAAGGUGGGGCUGCUGGAGCUGUGCCGGAGGCGCUACCGGCAGCCGCUGAUCGUCACCCUGGGGCUGCAGCUGGCGCAGCAGCUCUCGGGGAUCAACGCCAUCUUCUACUAUUCGACGUCCAUCUUUGAGGGGGCGGGGCUUCAGGACCCGGCUGUCGGCACCAUCGGAACGGGCGUGGUCAACGUGGCGGCCACCGCCCUGUCGGUGGUGCUGGUGGAGCGGGCGGGGCGCCGCGUGCUGCAGCUCGUGGGCCUGCUGGGGAUGAUGGCGUGCGCCGCGACGCUGGGCCUGGCCCUCAAGGUGAGCCCGGGGGGGGGGGCGCUGGCGCUGGCCUCGGCCCUGCUCUUCGUGGCGUUCUUCGCCGUGGGGCCGGGCCCCCUGCCCUGGUUCGUGGGCGCCGAGCUCUUCCCGCCCGGGCCCCGCGGCGCCGCGCUCGCCCUGGCCGGGCUCGUCAACUGGGCCAGCAACACGGCCGUGGCCAUGGCCUUCCCCCCGCUGCAGACCGCGCUGGGCCCGCUGGUGUUCCUGCUCUUCGCGGCGCUGCUCGCCGCCUUCUCGCUCUUCUCCUUCGCGCUGCUGCCCGAGACCCCGCGGCCGCCCCUUCCCCUCCCCCGCCAGCGCCCCCGGCCCGCCCGCGCCCCCCGAGAAGGACACGGAGCUGCAGAGCCUGGCCGCGCACCAGGACCCCUGACAGGGGCACCCCAAAAAUUUGGGGCCUUUCCCGGCGAUUUUGGGUCGAUUUUGGGGCGUCCCCGAAAAAAAUUCGGGUUUUUUUGGCGCUUUUGGGGGGUUUUAGAGCCCUUUAGGGCAUCCCCGCCUGAACUUUUGGGGUUUUAAAGGCACUUUGGGGCCGAUUUUAGGGGGCCCCCCGAAAUUUUGGGUCGAUUUUGGGGCGUCACCCCAAAAAUUUGGGGUGUUUUUGGGGCAUCUCACCCAGAAAUUUGGGGGUUUUUUGGCGCUUUUGGGGGGUUUUGGGGCCCUUUUGAGGUGCCCCUCCCCGAAUUUUUGGGGUUUUUAAGGAACUUUAGGGGGAACCCUAAAAAUCUGGGGCGUUUUGUGUCGAUUUUGGGGUGUCCCCCCAAAAUUUUGGGGGUUUUUGGGAUGCCCCAGCGAAAAAAUUCAGGGUUUUUUGGCACUUUUGGGCCAAUUUUGGGGGGUUUUGGAGCGCCCCGCCCGAAUUUUUGGGGUUUUUAAGGCACUUUGGGGCCCAUUUUAGGGGGCA